AUGACAGACCAGUCCAACAUCCUGGAACUCCUCAACCGAAGCACAAGCGCCGAGUCAAGCGAUCCGCGUGACCGCAUCUACGGCUUGCUGGGUAUGUCGGAUAUCACCAUAGGUGCAUCCGACGGCCUCGUAGUCGACUACGAGACGAAGCGACCGGUCGAUGUGUACAAGGAUCUCAUGAUAUAUCUCAUCCACCGCUACGGUCUUGUUCGGAUGCUUUACUUGGAUACCACUUUUGGGGGAAAGCUCGACGAAGACGAGCUGCCCUCGUGGGUGAUUGAUUGGCGAAGAAGUACCGGUUGGCUACAAGACCCGUUGCGCAGCCCCUGGGAGGAUUUGAGUUUUUUGCGCUUGCGGGAGUUUCCAAAGACGCAGAUAGACAGUGCAUGCCUUGCCAUCACUGGAGACACAUUACAGCUCUGGGGCGAAUGCGUCGGUGUCAUUGUAUCUCAGACGGAGAGCCGGGUCCACUCAAGAGACGUCGGCCCUGACCGCCCGAAAUCUCUCUUGAAAGCAAUGAUGAAGAAAGUUCGUUCUUCCGGCGCUCGGGCAAUGGGCCGGACCUCAGGCGCGGAAGCAGAAGCGGAAGCGGUGCGCGAUGGCCCUGAGCCUGAACAUCACCCCCGGCCGCUGGGUUCCCGGAAGGUGGAAUUCUCAGAAGCCAAGCGCGUGGCCGUGCAAAUGCGCUCGGGGGACGGAUGGCCGGACUAUGCAACCCCGAAGGAGUUCUAUGGGCGGUUCGUCACAUUGUGGGGAGGGCAACUUCACCCCCUUGAUUGGCCUAGUGGACCGGGUCCCUUUUGGAAAGCGUCGGAGGACUCGAAAGAGUUUUGUUCAAUGUGGGUGGCCCCGAUGACGGCGCAAGCGGGCGACGAAGUUGUGUUGUCCCCUGGAAGCCCACUCCCUCUGAUUCUUCGACCCGUGGCGUUGGGGGGCUCGUCGUCUUCUUCUCUCCGCUAUAGAUUUGUUGGCCCGACCAUGUUCGUGGGGUCGAAAACAUGUAUGGAGCGAAAAUGUUCGAGGUUUUAA